UUUGUUUCUGCUUGUCCUGUCAGCCAGAAACAGAAGAAACGAAUGGAAGCAUCCCGUCAAGGAUGCCUCCCCAGGCCGACCACCGACACUCCUUGUCAUCUGAGAAAGACAUGGUGCGGCUGAUGAUGAAUAAAAUCUUCCAGAGCAUCGAACCCGAGCUCAACAGCCUGAUCGCUCUGGGCGACAAGAUUGACAGCUUCCACUCUCUGUACAUGCUGGUGAAGAUGAGCCACCAUGUGUGGACAGCUGAGAACGUAGAUCCGGCAUCUUUCCUUAGCACCACCCUGGGAAAUGUGUUGGUCACAGUAAAGAGGAACUUUGACAAAUGCAUCUCAGGUCAGAUCAAACAGAUGGAAGAAGUGAAGAUUUCUAAGAAAAGCAAAGUUGGGAUCCUGCCUUUUGUCACAAGAUUUGAGGAGUUUGCUGAACUGGCUGAGACGAUCUUCCGUAACGCAGAGCGCAGGGGGGACCUGGAUAAAGCCUACGUGAAGCUUAUCAGGGCUGUUUUCAUGAAUGGUGAGUCUUCUGGUCAUUUAAAAGUGCUCCUGAAUGCACCAUAG